ACUUCCGCCACUGAGGACGGAACUUCCGGUUGUGCAGCAGCCAUUUUGUCUGUUCGGGCAAGUCUACCCUGACGGUUACGAACUGCAGUUCCACCUUCAAAAACAAUUUGAAAUGUUGUCGUUGGCGUCUUUAUUUCACGUUAUCUUCCGUCUGCACGCAGUCUAUAAAUAUUAAUAAAUUAUAAAUUAAAUAUAAACGGGUCCUCGAGCCGCAGAGAGCCGCGAGGAGGAGACAUGUCGUGUGAGGAGAGCUACUUGGCCAUCAUUCGCUAUCUGACGGAUGAACAGGAGCCGUACGCUCCGGGGACGCCCGGGAACACCAAGAGGAAGAUCCGGAAGGCGGCCACCUGCUACGUGGUCCGGGACGGGACUCUGUUCUACCAGCGCCGGCUGAAGGGCCACCAUGAGUUCACGGAGCUGGAGGUGGUGCUGCAGGACGGCCGGAGGAGGGAGCUCAUCAACGAGGCGCACACCGUCACCGAGGGGGGGGAGCACCUGAACCAGCAGGUCACGUGGGACACCAUCUCUCAGAAGUACUGGUGGAGAG